AGUUAGAAACAACACAUUGCACUCUAAACUGAAAGUGAAAGUGAAGGCGGUGUCAAUUGCCAUGGCCAAGGAACACAGCUACGACGUCGUUUCCGAUCUCAUCGCUUUCUUGAAUGCUUCUCCAACUCCUUUUCAUGCUGUUGAAGAGGCAAAGAAGCGAUUGCGUAGCGCGGGGUUUGAGCAGCUGUGUGAGAGAGACACGUGGAAUUUGGAAGCCGGCAAAUCGUACUUCUUCACUAGGAAUCACUCUUCCAUCAUCGCUUUUGCUCUUGGUAAAAGAUAUGUUGCUGGGAAUGGAUUUUACAUAGUUGGUGCUCACACUGAUAGUCCUUGUCUGAAACUAAAGCCAGUAAGCAAGGUGGUUAAGGGUGGAUUUUUGGAGGUUGGGGUUCAGACUUAUGGUGGUGGCUUGUGGCAUACGUGGUUUGAUAGGGACUUGACUGUUGCUGGAAGGGUAAUAAUUCGAGAAGAAAAAGGGGGUUCUACUUCUUACUUGCACCGGCUUGUUAGAAUUGAGGAACCAAUAAUGCGGAUCCCAACUUUAGCAAUUCACUUGGACAGGAAUGUUAACGAUGGAUUCAAAGCUAACACUCAGACUCAACUUCUUCCCAUAUUAGCAACGUUGAUUAAGGAAUUGCUUAAUAAAGAGGUAUCUGAAAAUGGUUCAGCUGAAAGUGGAAAGCAGAGUGAUGGUAAGAAAGCAAAUGAUAAAACAAAUACUAGCAAUAUGAAGCACCACUCUCUUCUACUACAGUUGCUCGCAAGCAAGCUUGGGUGUGAACCUGGUGAUAUUUGUGAGUUAGAGUUACAAGUCUGUGAUACCCAACCAAGUGUUGUUGCUGGAGCUGCCAAGGAAUUCAUAUUUUCAGGACGGCUGGAUAAUCUCUGCAUGUCCUUCUGCUCAUUAAAGGCACUGAUAGACUCCACAUCCUCUCACAGCAGUCUUGAGGAAGAGACUGGCGUAAGAAUGGUGGCUUUGUUUGACCAUGAGGAAUGUGGAUCUAAUUCUGCACAGGGAGCUGGCUCUCCUGUUAUGCUGAAUGCUUUAUCUAGGGUUACAAAUUCCUUUAGCUCAGACUCCGAGGUGCUUGAGAAAGCAAUACAAAGAAGCUUCCUUGUUUCUGCUGAUAUGGCGCAUGCACUACACCCUAAUUACAUGGACAAACAUGAAGAACACCAUCAGCCUAAACUACACGGAGGACUUGUCAUUAAACACAAUGCAAAUCAACGCUAUGCAACAAAUGCAGUCACAUCCUUCAUUUUCAGAGAGAUAGCAUCAAAACAUAACCUUCCCAUUCAGGACUUUGUGGUGCGCAAUGACAUGCCUUGUGGUUCAACCAUUGGUCCCAUUCUUGCAAGUGGUGUGGGUAUUCGGACAGUUGAUGUGGGUGCACCGCAGUUGUCAAUGCAUAGCAUACGAGAAAUGUGUGCGGUUGACGACGUGAAGCAUUCAUACGAGCAUUUCAAGGCCUUUUUCCACGAAUUCUCUCAUCUUGAUGAAAAGAUUGCUGUGGACAUAUAGGUUAUCUCUACACUAAGGAAUUGCUCAUAUAUGGUCUGUUUAGAAGCUGUUGCUGAAGGGUUCUAACUGUGCAAUUUUAUUAAAAUAUUAAUUUAAGGCUGAUAUUAUUACAUAGAUGACAAAGUUUUCAUUAAUAGUACAUUUGAUGAAUGCAAUAUAAAAAGCUGUAUCAUCAACCGUGCGUGCUUGCUGUACUUCAAUUUCAUAGCUCAUAGCCUCGUACUCAUUCUUCUAGGUUGUCCAGUUCAGAUGAUAAAUGGACCUGCUUUCUUUGGAGUUCCAAAAACUAAACCAUGAGUUCUACUAAGGAAUUGUAAAAUU